AUGGAGCUAGAAGUCUUGGAAAUAUGUCCUUAUGACCCAAACCACAGGAUGUCAGCCAGCAGGUUACAGUACCACCUGGCAUCAUGUAGAAAGAAAAAUCCAAAGAAAGCUAAAAAGAUGGCUAACUGCAAAUAUAAUGCUUGUCAUGUGGUCCCAAUCAAAAGGCUCAAAGAACAUGAGGCUAACUGUGUCAAUAGAACUGCUAUAGAUGACGAUAACACACAUCAUUCUCCUUCAUUUGUCCUUAAGACAUUUGCUCCAAAAAUGCUGGUUUGUGAAAGCGACUCAAGAGACAUAAAAAAAGAGACCAUGGAUGAUAAACAUCCUAACAACCAUAAGUCCUGGAGAAAAGGUCAGAAGAACUGA